UGCUCUAAGUACCGCUGUUGUAAUCCUUUAAAGAGAUUGUCAGAAAUAGACAUAAAUUAAACUUUUAAUUUGGAGUCAACAGACCUGAUUCUUCUCUAAAACGAAGGUUCGUUAAUAAGUAAGACUCAAAGAAGACAACAAUAACCAGUGCAAAAGAAAAUGGAUUACAACUUGGAUAAAACAGAAAACUUUCUGGCCGCUGUUUCUAUUAAUUUUGACCAUUCCGCAUGCGAAACAAUAACAGUGUUCUCAACUGCAGACCAAUCUACAAACAGCAGUUCAAGAAAUGGUCAUCAAACACUUGCACGUUCAGAUCCAUUAUUUUCAACCAUUCGGCAAUGGCUUCACGAUCGGUCAACAAGUUUGCCUGAUGAAGAAAGUAGUAACAAAUCAAAACCUGAUGAAUCAAAAUCUGAUCCUAUUGAGUUAGGAUUGUGUUGUGUUGAAAUGGCAGCAACCACAUUAGAAACUGUGAUUCAAAACAAAGAAGACCUGAGACACCACCUUAAAAUUCCUUUAGCUGAAAAUUGCAUACGUCUACACUUCAAUCAGCAUAGGGAUUUCCUUGAUGUGAUUCAAUGCUUAACUGAAGUGGGAAAAAAAUAUGAAGAUUACUCAUUGCUCACUUCUGAUUAUGUGAUUCUAAGCAUGCAGUGGCACAUAAAGAAUCUGGAAGAAGAAGAGAAGAUUGCUGUAGAGCUGCAGAAUUUGUCAACGAACACAGCUGCAGAUACAGAGGAAAUCAGAAAUAAGAAAAUAUUGUGUGCUCCAUAGACAAAAGUACGACAUAUUUAUUGGAACUGUACAACACUGAGAGGCGCAAUUGACAGCAAAAGUAUAUACCCUUUUUUUAUUAUUAUUUUUUUUUUUAUUUUACUUGUCACUGCUUUAACUUUUUUCAUUCCUGUAAUUGGGGAAGUAGUAAACGAAACGUAUGAUUGAAAAAAA